GGGGCGCCCGCGGGCCGGGGCCGGGGCCGGGGCCUAGGCAGCGGACCUGCAAGCGGACCCGAGCAGCGGCGGCGGCGCAGCGCAGCGGCCGAGCGGGCCGGAGGCGGCCGAGGCGCCGGGCGCAGACGCUGGUGCCUCCCCCUCUGCCAGGCGCUGGGUGGCCAGAACCGGGUCUCUCUGGGUGCUGGAGGGCCCCUGUCCACUGCCGCUUCCUGCCAGCACCUCUGAUUGUGUGCCCGGAGGGAUGUGUGUGCCAGCCCUUGGUCCAGUGCCUGCUCCUGAGGUGACGCCUGCUGGUUCCCGACUGGUUCCUAUUUUCGCUCUGCACGUAGCUCCCUGGUUGGAUAGCUGCCGCCCGGGAGACGCAACCCGGGCGCCCCACUAGGGCAACGGCCCCUGCCCUGAGGGCCGGGAUCAUGAAAGGCCUCGGUGACAGCCGCCCUCGCCACCUCUCCGACAGCCUGGACCCACCGCAUGAGCCCCUGUUUGCAGGGCCUGAUCGCAACCCCUACCUGCUAUCGCCCACGGAGGCCUUUGCCCGCGAGGCUCGAUUCCCUGGCCAGAACGCUCUGCCUGGGGAUGGUCUCUUUCCACUCAACAACCAACUGCCGCCUCCAAGCAGCACCUUCCCCCGCAUCCACUAUAACUCCCACUUUGAGGUGCCAGAGGAGAGCCCCUUCCCCAGCCAUGCCCAGGCCACCAAGAUCAACCGGCUGCCUGCCAACCUCCUGGACCAGUUUGAGAAGCAAUUGCCCAUCCACCGCGAUGGCUUUAGCACGCUCCAAUUCCCCCGUGGUGAGGCCAAGGCCCGAGGUGAGAGUCCUGGCCGCAUCCGCCACCUGGUCCACUCGGUCCAGCGGCUCUUCUUCACCAAGGCGCCCUCACUGGAGGGCACGGCAGCCAAGGUCGGUGGCAAUGGCAGCAAGAAAGGUGGCCUGGAGGACGGCAAGGGCCGGAGGGCCAAGAGCAAGGAACGGGCCAAGGCUGGGGAACCCAAACGGCGUAGCCGCUCCAACAUCUCGGGCUGGUGGAGCUCUGAUGACAACUUGGAUGGCGAGGGUGGCGCCUUCCGCAGCAGUGGCCCAGCCUCUGGGCUGAUGACGCUCGGCCGACAGGCGGAACGCAGCCAGCCACGCUACUUCAUGCACGCCUACAACACCAUCAGUGGGCACAUGCUCAAAGCAGCCAAAAACAACACCGCUGAGCUGACUGCCCCGCCACCCCCACCCGCACCCCCAGCCACCUGCCCCAGCCUUGGGGUGGGCACCGACACCAACUAUGUCAAGCGGGGCUCCUGGUCCACUCUGACCCUCAGCCACGCCCAUGAAGUCUGCCAGAAGACCUCAGCCACCUUGGAUAAGAGCCUGCUAAAGUCCAAAUCCUGCCACCAGGGUCUAGCCUACCAUUACCUGCAGGUGCCCGGCGGCGGCGGCGAGUGGAGCACCGCGCUGCUGUCCCCGCGCGACGCGGACGCCGCGGCCGAGGGCCCCAUCCCGUGCAGGCGCAUGCGCAGCGGCAGCUACAUCAAGGCCAUGGGCGAUGAGGACAGUGAUGAGUCCGGCGGCAGCCCCAAGCCCUCACCCAAGACGGCCGCGCGGCGCCAGAGCUACCUGAGGGCCACGCAGCAGUCGCUGGGAGAGCAGAGCAACCCCCGCAGGAGUCUGGACCGCCUGGAUUCAGUGGACAUGCUGCUGCCCUCCAAGUGUCCGAGCUGGGAGGAGGACUACAACCCGGUCAGCGACAGCCUCAACGACUCCAGCUGCAUCAGCCAGAUUUUUGGACAGGCCUCCCUGAUCCCCCAGUUGUUUGGCCAUGAGCAGCAGGUACGGGAGGCAGAUCUGAGCGACCAGUAUGAGGCAGCCUGCGAGUCUGCCUGCAGUGAAGCGGAGUCUGCAGCCGCCGAGGCACUGGACUUGCCGUUGCCCAACUACUUUCGCUCCCGCAGCCACAGCUACCUGCGGGCCAUCCAGGCGGGCUGCUCGCAGGAGGAGGACAGUGUCUCCCUGCAGUCCCUCUCCCCUCCGCCCAGUACUGGCAGCCUCAGCAACAGUCGCACGCUUCCAAGUUCAUCAUGCCUAGUGGCGUAUAAGAAGACCCCACCACCAGUCCCUCCACGUACCACGUCAAAGCCCUUCAUCUCUGUCACGGUCCAGAGCAGUACUGAGUCUGCCCAGGACACCUACCUGGACAGCCAGGACCACAAGAGUGAGGUGACAAGCCAGUCGGGCCUGAGCAACUCAUCGGACAGCCUGGACAGCAGUACUCGACCGCCCAGUGUGACACGGGGCGGAGUCACCCCAGCCCCUGAGGCUCCUGAGCCACCCCCAAAACAUGCAGCUCUGAAGAGUGAACAAGGGACGCUGACCAGCUCUGAAUCCCACCCUGAGGCCAUCCCCAAAAGGAAACUGUCAUCUAUAGGAAUACAAGUUGACUGCAUUCAGCCAGUGCCAAAAGAGGAGCCCAGUCCCGCUACCAAAUUCCAGUCCAUCGGGGUUCAGGUAGAGGACGACUGGCGAAGCAGCGCCCCUUCUCACAGCAUGUCCUCCCGACGGGACACCGACUCAGAUACCCAGGAUGCCAAUGACUCAAGCUGUAAGUCAUCUGAGAGGAGCCUCCCGGACUGUACCCCACACCCCAACUCCAUCAGCAUCGAUGCCGGCCCUCGGCAGGCCCCCAAGAUUGCCCAGAUCAAGCGCAACCUCUCCUAUGGAGACAACAGCGACCCUGCCCUAGAGGCAUCCUCGCUGCCCCCACCCGACCCCUGGCUCGAGACCUCCUCCAGCUCCCCGGCAGAGCCAGUGCAGCCGGGCGCCUGCCGCCGGGACGGCUUCUGGUUCCUGAAGCUCCUGCAGGCAGAAACGGAGCGGCUGGAGGGCUGGUGCUGCCAGAUGGACAAGGAGACCAAAGAGAACAACCUCUCCGAAGAAGUCUUAGGAAAAGUCCUCAGUGCUGUGGGCAGUGCCCAGCUACUGAUGUCCCAGAAAUUCCAGCAGUUCCGGGGCCUCUGUGAGCAAAACCUGAACCCUGAAGCCAACCCACGUCCGACAGCCCAGGACCUGGCCGGGUUCUGGGAUCUGCUACAGCUGUCCAUCGAGGACAUCAGCAUGAAGUUUGAUGAACUCUACCACCUCAAGGCCAACAGCUGGCAGCUGGUGGAAACCCCCGAGAAGAGGAAGGAAGAGAAGAAACCACCCCCUCCGGUCCCAAAGAAGCCAGCUAAACCCAAGCCGGCAGGGAGCCGCGACAAGGCCUCGGACGCCGGGGACAGGCAGCGUCAGGAAGCCCGCAAGAGACUCCUGGCGGCCAAGCGGGCGGCCUCCGUGCGGCAGAACUCAGCCACCGAGAGUGCGGACAGCAUCGAGAUUUACGUCCCUGAGGCCCAGACCCGACUCUGAGACCAGGAAGCAAACAAUUUUAAGUCAUUAAAAACAACACCCACCACCCACACAAACUAAAUGUGAACGGAACACCAUUUUCUCAACCUUUAAGAUGGUUAUUCUGUCCAGAGACCCUGAGCCAACUUUCAAAUUGACGCAUACAAAGGGCUCACAAUUUGGCUUUUUUGGGUCCCUCCCAGCUUUAGGUUAUGAAGACUUCAUACAAACAAACUCUCAAACGUUUUCUCCCCUCCGGCUGGCCGCGGUGGGCUAGGUAGACGGACCUCGGCCCCUCCCGGCCCAGCCUCCAGACCGCGGUCUUUUUACUUGUUCUGUCUCACGAGAACUCGCACUAGCUUGUUUACAAGACGAGGACCGUCCGAGGACAGCCUUGGGCCCCUGCCCCGCCCUUCCUCCUCCCGCUGCCCCGCUCUAACCUGGCAGUUUCCGUUCCUCGGCUCCUCUCCCCGCAGCGCUCACCAGGCCGCCGUGGUGGCGGCCGGCUUGCCCUCGGCCCCGUGCCCCUCAUGCUCACGCGCACCCGCAGGCGCGGGCCCGCAGCGGCGGCCGGCCCCCCCCCCCCGGGGGGAGGG